UUUACGAAUUGAUAGGUGGUCGAGUUGUGUUUGGCCGGGUGGAUAUGCGCAAGCAAAGUCGAGGAGCUUCAUUUCCCCUCUUUUUUGGGAUCAUUACCGGCAGCGAUGGCCAGAGAGAGGAAGGGGCAACAGCGGCUGGUGAAUUUCACGGUUAGAAACGCGCAGAGCAUCGCAGAGGGACACUGACCUUUUAAUCAUCGCAUUAGGGAACCUUUGACAGCAUUUGUAAUAUAGGAAAAGUUAGUUGCCACGGCGGUACACGGCCCGCACAGUGAACGGAUCUAAAAACCAUGACAACUGAGAGCUCGAAGCACCAUUUGGAUCCAUCUAAUCCUCUGCGCUCCAGCCCAGCGGCCGGCUCUCUGAACGCCGCUCUGCUGAGCGCGCAGCCGGUGAUGGAGAGCGCGCAGAACGCAUCAGCCAAGUGGAAAAAGGGGAACUCUGGCUUGAGGCGCCCCGAAAAGCCUCCCUACUCAUACAUCGCCCUCAUUGUGAUGGCAAUUCAAAAUUCCCCGAGUAAACGGCUUACUCUGAGUGAAAUCUAUCAGUUCCUGCAGGCCCGCUUUCCCUUCUUCAGGGGCUCGUACCAGGGAUGGAAAAACUCCGUCAGACACAACCUGUCUCUGAACGAGUGCUUUAUAAAGCUGCCGAAGGGUCUGGGUAGACCUGGCAAGGGGCACUACUGGACCAUCGACCCGAGCAGUGAGUUUAUGUUCGAGGAGGGCUCCUUCCGUCGCAGACCCCGAGGGUUCCGUAGGAAAUGCCAAGCUUUGAAGCCAAUGUACAGGAUGAUGAACGGCAUCGGGUUUGGUGCCUCCAUGCUGCCGCAGAACUUUGAUUUCCAGUCACCUUCGGGCUCAUUAGCAUGCCAUAACAGCUACAACAUAGACUUGAUGGGUAAUGCAGUGGCAGGUGGCUUCGAGGGACUCGGAGGGGGACACCACGUCCCACAUAUGUCAUCAGGCUCCGGGUCAUCGUACAUGGCUGCAUGUCAGGUGGCUUCUUCUGCGGACUAUUGCCCGGACAGCAGCAGCAGCCCCCUGCAGUCCUCCCCAGCGAUGACAGGCACUCUGGACUGUCAGCCUCCUUAUGCAAAUGCAGCCUCUCACUGGAGUUCACCUGGUGUACCUUCAUACAUCAAGCAGCAGUCGCUGGCAUCGAGCAGUCCCUCUUCCUCUGCUCUGCACACGGGAAUGUCAUCUUACUCUCUGGAUCAAGGCUAUCUGCACCACAACGCACGAGAUUCCUCCGAGAUUUCAGUGGGACUGUCUCGGUAUUCCAGCCAUUCGGCUCCUGUGUGUGACAGGAAGGACUUCGUUUUGAACCUAAACGGAAUCUCCUCUCUUCAUCCCAGCACCGGCGGAUCUUACUAUCAUCAGCUUCAUCACCACCAUCAGAGCGUCUAUCAGGACGUAAAGCCGUGCGUCAUGUGACCGGACGCCGAGGACGCAGCUGCCUUCUUCUCUCCUCAAGCCUCAGGUGGAGCCAUCAACGGGAUCUGUGGUGAAGAGAGGACAGAGACUCUUCUCUCCGGUGAACUUUGACCUUUUUUUUAACAGUUUAUGAUGGUUAUGAUGUGAGGACUACACCCUCUCGGACCUCUAGGACUGACUUUACGCACGUGGAUAAGCAAAUACCUACAUUUUGACAGCAAGAAUGCACGACGUAGACAUACCCGAAUUAAUCCUUAUUCGUACACUAAAUUUUGUUGGCCUGAAAUUUCUGAAACUGUUGCUGAUUUCCUGCAGAAAGCCUUUAAAGAGAUUUAUUUUAAGGUAUCGUGUGGAGGCGUUUAAUGUCUUAAGCAAUAAAUGUUUCGAAUGAAAAUGUUUUGGGUUUCUUUUUUUCAUUAAUUUUACCAACGCUGCAAUUCUCCUUUUCUCUUCUCAUGUUUUCCCUUUUCUUUGUUUGUGCUACAAGAUAAUGAUUAUGAUCAUCAUAAUGACUAAAUUACCCAGAAUGACCCCAAAAUCUGAUUAAUCGUGAAAAGCUUUCUAAACAUGGCCGUUUGUGGGCGAUUUCGCAGACUUCCAUGUGUCCCGUUAUUUCUGAGCCUUCAGGCUGGGUUUGACUGCGUUUCGACUCUUUUAUUUGCGACCAACAAAUAAAUACUUUAUAGUACAGUAUUGCUGCUUCAAGGUAUGAAUGUUAUAUCAGAGACACUGUUGUCGCAUUCACGUCCAUCACGGAAUUCCAAUUGUUUUAUCAGUGCUUACUUUAAUAAACAUUAUUUUCCUCCUGGAAAGCCGAUGUACUGAACUUUUCAUCAGUUUA